UCCCACAUCAGUUUAUAAUAUUUUGUCCGCAAUUUCGCCAACCCUGGCAGGCCAAAAAAAGAUGUCUGGUUGUGCGAUCCACUGCAGGGCUUCUGUGUUGCUGGAAGGGAUGACCGUGGAUCAGCGGCGUGUGUGUGCACGCGAGGCGGUGUUUCCCUCCUCAGUGUCGUCAGCAGCCCGCAGUCACGACAGGGACGCCUUGGUGUGCAAUCUCCCAUGACUCCAUGUUCCUCCUCCUUCUCCCUCGUCCCUUCAGCGUGCGCGCGGCGGUCCUCCCCCCCGCCUGGACCCAUGUGAAGCGGCAUGCAGGCGACGGGCACCGGAGCAGCUGACACGGAGGCUGCCGUCAACACGAGCGGCGGCGCAGAGGAGAGGAUGGAGAGGACGGCACCGGGCGAGCUGCAGCAUCGCACCGACGACCAGCGGCGGCAGGGAGCGUCCUCGGCGGCGCUCGGCGUGCUCGAUAAAUUAUUUGGGAAGAGGCUUCUGCAGGCCAGACACUACAUAUUGUCUCGGAAGUCCUGGCUGAAGAUGGUUCCCACUGAGAACUGUGACAUCCUGAUGACAUUCCCAGAUUCAAUGGAUGACCACACCCUACUGUGGCUCCUGAAUCAGAUCCGUCUCGGGGUGCCACAAGUCAGUAUUCAAGUUCGACAGCAUAAACAUACCCAGGCCUACGCUUUCUUCAUCACCACCACAUUUGAGAACUUACUGCAGGGAGCGGAGCAGAUGAGUAUGCACAAGGCCGUCAAGCCACAAUUUGGUGGCGGGAUGCGUCGUUUCUCCUGUGAAGAGGACAACAUCUAUGAGAACAUCGAGAGCGAGCUCUGCUUUUUCACCUCGCAGGAGCGCCAGAGCAUCAUUAAGUAUUGGCUGGACAAUCUACGAGCCAAGCAGGGGGAGGUGCUUCAUAACAUUCACUUCCUGGAGGGGCAACCCAUUAUUCCGGAGCUGGUGACUCGGGGUGUGAUCCAUCAGAUGUUUCCUCUCCAUGAGCAAAGGAUCCUGAAUCAGCUGAUGACAUCCUGGGUGCAGGCUGUUUGCGAAAGGCAGCCCCUGGAUGACAUCUGUGACUACUUUGGAGUGAAGAUCGGCAUGUAUUUUGCCUGGCUCGGUUUCUACACCAGCUCCAUGCUUUACCCCGCUGUCAUCGGCUUCCUCCUGUGGAUCCUUGCUGAGGCCGACCAGACCAGUCAGGACAUCUGCUGCGUCGUCUUCGCACUCUUCAACGUCGUGUGGGCGACGUUGUUCCUGGAGCGCUGGAAGAGGCGAGAAGCUGAGCUGGCCUACAGGUGGGGAACGCUCGAUACCCCUGCCGAGUCCUUGGAGGAGCCAAGGCCACAGUUCAGGGGUGUGAAGCGCUGCAGUCCCAUAACAGGCUGUGAAGAGUUCUACUAUCCUCCAUGGAAGCGGACUGUGUUCAGAUGGCUGGUCAGCCUCCCCAUCUGCCUUCUCUGUCUCUGCUUCGUCUUCCUCGUCAUGCUCCUCUGCCUGGAACUGCAGGAAGUGGUUAUGGAGGUUCAGGAGCUACCUGGCAUCACGAGAUUUGUUCCUAAAAUACUGCUGGCCAUUACUGUCACCAUAUGUGAUGAAGUUUACAAGAAGAUUGCCUACUGGCUCAAUGACAUGGAGAACUAUCGACUUCAGAGUGCCUAUGACAAUAAUCUCAUCAUCAAGAUCGUUUUUUUUGAAUUUAUCAAUUCUUACCUAAGUCUUUUCUACAUUGGAUUCUACCUCAAGGAUAUGGAGCGACUAAAGGAGAUGCUUGCCACACUACUGAUUUUCCGCCAAUUCCUCCAGAACAUCAAGGAGGUCCUCCAGCCCUACGUCUAUGAACAAAACAAACUGGGUGUCUUCACCCCCAAGGUGCUGUGGGAGCUCCUCCAGGCCAUCACGCUCAAGUAUGGCCGCCUGGCUCUGGGAAAGGCCCAGGCGUCAAUGACCGCCUACUCCUUCCUGGGCCCCAGAGGACUCGCAGUCAGCGGCGGCGCGGACGCAGGCGCACGUCCGGCGACAAGAGGGGAUCUGAAAGCCGGGUUCAGGCUGACAGAAGAAGAGUGGGAUAUGACCGACGGCGCUCUGAAGCAAAGGAAGGUCAGCUUCACGGAGAAGGUGGACUACAAGGAUGUCGCGGCGGAAUCGCAGGCGGCCGAUGAAACCUUCCCUGAGGACAGUCCCACUCUGGUGGAGGACGGCAUGGACCCAUGCAGCAUUUUUGACAGUUGUGAUGAGGACAGUGACCUAGAAACUGGAGCUCAGGACGCGAAAGAGAAUACCAGCCUGCCCUCGUCACGAGACUCAAACGGUCUCCGUCACAGAAGGAAAACCCCGGACGAGGCCAGGGAGGACAAGAAGUCCUGGAUUGAUCCGCCUGAAGAAAGCAAAACCGUCACCUUGACUCAGGCUGAGAUUGAAAGCUGUAUGCAGACGUAUGAGGUGGACACGCUUCAGGACUACCAGGAGAUGUUCAUACAGUUUGGCUACGUGGUGCUCUUCUCCUCGGCAUUCCCCCUGGCGGCCAUGUGCGCGCUCAUCAACAACAUCAUCGAGAUCCGCAGCGAUGGCCUCAAGCUCUGUACUGGCCUGCAGAGACCCUUUGGCCAGAGGGUGGAGAACAUUGGACAAUGGCAGACUGCAAUGGAGGCCAUGGGCUUGAUCGCCAUCCUUGUCAACUGUUACCUGAUUGGUCAGUGCGGUCAGCUGCAGCGUCUCUUCCCGUGGUUGAGUCCCGAGAUGACCAUCGUCUCCAUUGUCUUACUGGAGCACUUUGCCAUCCUCCUAAAGUACGUCAUCCAUGUUGCCAUCCCUGAUAUCCCUGGUUGGGUAGCAGAAGAGAUGGCCAAGCUAGAAUACCGACGAAGGGAAGCUUUCAAGAGGCAUGAGCUUCAGGCCCAGCAGCAUUUUCAGCAACAGCUCAGGCGUCGCCGCGAGGAAGAGGAACUCCAGCGUCAGGCGGAGCUCCAGGCGGAGGCCCGCCAGGAGAGCGACUACCACAAGUCCGAGGGCCAUCACCAGCACCACCACGAGAAAACGGCGGGGGGCAAGCCCAAGAGACCCAGCUCCCUGCUGGGGACCAACAACGUGAUGAAGCUGAAGCAGAUCAUCCCUCUCCAGGGGAAGUUCUCCUACGGCUCCUCCCGCUCCCCGGCCCAGUCGCCCACCGGCGGCGAGGCCAAGCUGGCCGGAUUCCUCAAGUUCCUCAAGUCGCCGGAGGUGAAAAAGGAGCCGGCGGCGGCGGCCGUCGGGGGGUCGCCGGGAUCGAUAGUGACAUCUUCUGCGCUCCCUGGCGGCCAGGAGCGCUCACAGUCCCCCAACAGGACAUUCAGUCCAGGUAAGCUGUUCAGCUUCAGCAAGUCCGAGGGCAGCGUGGUGUGUGCUAACGGGACUCAGGCCGUCAGCUGUCAGCACACCUCCAGUCAGGAGGAGUUACCCUCAAAUGAGUCCGACAAAGGGGAUCCCGAUUCAGAAAGCUCAAAAUGUUGAUGCCAAAUUACGCAGUCACCUUUUAAGCUUAUGUUGUUGUUUUUUUAAUGUUUAAAAGCUUAGUUCCUAUCUGGGCUCUUAUUUUGUAGUUUUCACUUCCUGUUUGCCCCGCACCUGCUUUGUGUUAGUGAGAUUGUCAUGUUCGGAUGUACUUUGUGGACGCCCGCUCUGCUACGCACGUUUUUGUUUACUUUUUAGCCAGUUUAGCUUUAGUUUCCUUUUCAGCUUCAGUGCCUUUUCUUAACGGCACUCGCAUUUUGUUAAUUUUUGUUUUAAAGGAAAACUGCACUUUUUUUUUUUUGCCUAUCGUUCACAAUUAUUAUGAAAUACAUGACGAUGGAUGAGGUUUUUUUUAAGCAUAAAUGCUAAAUAUUAACUAAAUGCAAUUAAAAGUCCGCUUACUAGUGAUGGGUCCGGCAACACCGAUGCAUCGGCGCAUGCGUCGAGCUCAUAGAGCGAAACCCUGUGUCGGUGCGCGUACCGCUUUUAGAAAGUCACGUGACCGAUCAUGAGCUGUUUUGGUCACGUGACCGAUACGCGAACUGUGUCGCACUGACGCCUCCUCUGUGCCCUGUGAGCGGGUCUUUUCUACAGCCGGAGAAAUAAUAACUAAGAAGAGAAAGCGUCUAAAAUUGAAUACGUUGGAAAAACUGUUUUUUUUUAAAAAUAAAAAUGUGUAAAAAAAAAAAAUAAUAAUAAUUUCCAGGUCCACAAGGAUCCUCAUUCACAACACGUUCUCUUAGAUUUCCAUGUUAUGAUACAUGUUCACAUUAUUUAUUGACUGUAUCUAAAAAAGACAAAAAAUAUAUUUUUAUUUAAAUGAAGUUAUGAAAUAAUCCUAAAUAAAAUACAAUGACUUGGUUUAUAUUAUUGUAUAUACUAGGUCAGUGGUUCUCAACCUUUUUUCAGCAAUGUACCCCCUGUGAAUUUUUUUUAAUUCAAGUACCCCCUAAUCAGAGCAAAGCAUUUUUGGUUGAAAAAAAAAGAUAAAGAAGUAACAUACAGCACUAUGUCAUCAGUUUCUGAUUUAUUAAAUUGUAUAACAGUGCAAAAUAUUGUUCAU